AUGUCGUCAUUAGAUAACACAAUAAAAGAGAUCAUCCUAAAGGCUUUGCCCAAUCUUUGCAAGGACACUCAAGAAAAACUAGUUUCUACACUUGUAACUUCUGGGGUUGAGUCUGCAGAAGAUCUGAAAUAUAUUCAACAGGAGGACAUCAAGGAUCUGCUGUCUGUCGUUCAACAGCGCAAAUUGUUGGAGACAUUUAAGCGAGAAACGAACACAGUCGCACUAGACUUGGAGAUUACUUCCAGUCCCUCACCUGCAUUGCCUUUUUUCAGACCUUCAAGUGCUUCCACAUCCUCACUUUCCAGCAUACCACCAAUUUCACCACAACCUUCAGCACUGCAUCUUGUGUUUUGCCAGAAUGAACAACAAAACCUAUCCCAGCCUUGGACAGAAGACUUUCAAGUUCCAUGGAACAAGAUGCCACUGGAGAUUCAGACAGCAAUUUCAGAAGGUAAAAGACCCCGUCCUGACAAGAGGCGGCAAAUGAUAAGAAUUCUUGCAGAUGAAGUGCAGAAGUAUGAGGCUAACCCCACACGUUCACAAUGCCUUACAAUUUGCCAGAAGAUAACCCGCCAAUAUCCAGGUAGCUUUGCUGAUAUGACACCAUGUGGAAAGCUCAUUGCUGGAGGGUAUAGUUCUCUGUUGUCUCAACUCAAAACACGAAUUGAGAAUAUCAACCGUUGUGGGAGCUUUCGAAAGUACAGAUCAUCAGGACCCUGUGGCAUAGCUGGAGUCAAACGGGGACCAACUGACAUAUAUGGGUGUACCAGGUUCCAGCCAGAACUCCCCCCAGAGGAAACUGAUGACACAGUGGAGGAGAAACGUCAAAGACUACAGAGUACCUUCAACAAGUAUGGCAUCAAUGGAGAUGAUCGGCCAGAAGUGACAGACCUGAUGGAGACUACAUACAGCCUUCAGCGUAAACAUAUAAAUGAGUUACCUGCUCCCUCCAUUGCCGAUUUACAAAUCAACUGGCCUUACCUAUUUACACAAAGGGGAAUCUUUUCUCACUUUGAGUUGCUAACUGAUGUUCCCCUACUCCGUGUCCUGGAACUGUCAUUUGAGAAGUAUGGUGGUAAUGAGCAAGCAUUGGCUGGAUGGAUGGUGAGCAUUGAAGGCCGUACUGUCUUUGAGGGGGUCCAACCUACUUUCCAGACAGGACUGGCAGCAGUGUUUGCCACCUUUUACAUCUUCAACCUCCAGUACCAACAUGAGGCAGCCAAGACUUUGGAGUUCAUUCAACGUUGCUUCAUUGGGAUUAACCCAGAAAGGGGAACAAAAGCUGGCCAUGGGAAGAUGGUAUGCAAAAGAACAGGAAAGACCAUCCAACAAAAAAAGGCAGGCGGUUAAUGUGCAGGUUUCCACUCUUAUCAAAAACCUAAUGGACUUUGAGUGGCAUUUC